GCCCAAUCUUUGCGGGAUCAUUUAUUCAAAGAAAUUUAAUUAAGUAAUGAAGGAUAAAGAUGUAUAAAUUUCCUAUGAUUUAGUGACCCAAAUUUGCAUGAUUGCUACUAUUUUUAAUUAGCUCUAAAUAGUGUAUAUAUAGACUAUGUAUACGUACAGCCCAUUUUCAAGCUUAAGACUUUGGCUCUAAUGGAGCAGAAGAAUAUGCAAGCAAAACGCAGCCGUAGAGGGCAAAAGGGUGGGAUUAUCACCAUGCCCUUUAUCUUGGUGAAUGAAAUUUGUGACAAGCUGGCAGUGGUGGGUUUUGGUACCAACAUGCUUAACUACUUAACAAAACAACUACAUUUGCCAUUAACAAGAGCUGCUAAUACUCUCACCAAUUUCAAUGGAACUGCAAGCUUGACUCCAUUGCUUGGAGCCUUCAUAGCUGAUGCAUAUGCUGGGAGAUUUUGGACAAUUACUUUUGCCUCCACUAUAUAUUUAUUAGGAAUGAUCACUUUAACAAUAUCAGCAACACUGCCACAGCUAAGGCCACCACCAUGUCAACCAAAUCAAGUUUGCCAGGAAGCCAAUGGAGUUCAACUUGGAAUUCUCUAUCUCUCUCUUCUGCUAAAAUCUCUUGGAUCUGGAGGAAUUCGGCCCUGCGUAGCUGCAUUUGGGGCAGAUCAGUUUUCUGGGGAAGAUCCAAAGCAAAAGAUGACAACUUGGAGCUUCUUUAAUUGGUACUAUUUUGUCAUGGGAGGAUCGAUUCUGUUGGCUUCAACUGUGCUUGUUUACGUUCAAGAUUAUGUUGGAUGGAGUUGGGGCCUUGGAAUUCCUACGAUAUCUAUGUUUCUGUCAAUAGUGAUAUUUGUCGUUGGGUACCCACUCUAUCGAAUUUUAGACCCAGCUGGUAGUCCAUAUACGAGAUUGUUACAAGUCACUGUGGCUGCAUUAAGGAAAAGGAAGGUUUCUAUGGUUUCCGAUCCUAACUUUUUGUACAAAAAUGAGGAGCUUGAUGCUUCUAUUUCAGCAGAUGGAAUGCUUAAUCAUACUGAACAAUUUAAAUUUUUUGACAAGGCAGCCGUCGUAACAGAAGAGGAGAAGCUCAAACCAUUAGAAAGGCCAAAUCUAUGGAGACUAAACACUAUUCAUAGAGUUGAAGAACUGAAAUCUGUGAUCAAAAUGUUGCCGAUAAUGGCUGCUGGAAUCUUAUUCUUUACGGCCUCUGCCCAACAGCAUACAUUCUCACUACAGCAAGCCAAUACUAUGAACAAGCACCUUACAAAUUCCUUCCAAAUCCCUGCUGCUUCCAUGUCUGUGUUCACUUCAACUUCCAUGCUCGCUACAAUUGCUUUAUACGACCGUAUAUUUGUUCCUUUCCUUCGAAAAUUCACAGGGCUCGACCGUGGAAUAAAUUUCUUGCAAAGAAUGGCCAUAGGCUUCGCCAUUUCAAUAUUAGCCACUCUGGUUGCUGGAUUUGUUGAAGUGAAGAGAAAACACAUGGCAUUGGCCAGUGGGCUUACGAAUAGCAACAGUACCACCUUUCCCGUAUCAGUUUUUUGGCUUGUGCCGCAAUAUAGCCUUCAUGGGAUAUCUGAGGCUUUCAUGGCAGUGGGACAUUUAGAGUUUUUCUAUGACCAGGCACCAGAGAGCAUGAGGAGCACAGCUACUGCCCUGUUUUGGACAGCCAAUUCUGCAGGGAAUUAUGCAAGUACACUUCUGGUAUCUCUUGUUCACAAGUUCAGUGCUAGGCCUGAUGGUUCAAAUUGGCUUCCUGAUGAUAACCUGAACAUGGGGAAAUUGGAGAACUUCUAUUGGUUGAUCACAUGUUUGCAAGUUGUAAAUUUUGUUUACUACUUGGUUUGUAUAAAAUACUAUACUUUCAAGUCUCUUCAGGGACCAAGCAUUGAAAUUGGUGAACCAAAAGAGGAAAUUGAACUUGAGAGUCAGGCUUAGGAGAAAUUUUAUAAUACAAUAAUCAAAGAAUAAAUUUUACUUCCCCAAGUUUCUUAUA